AUGAGGCCUGAGAACAAGAGCAGUGUGUCUGAGUUCCUCCUCCUGGGGGUCCCCAUCCCAAUGGAGCAGCAGGGCGUGUUCUUCACCCUGUUUCUGGGCAUGUACCUGAUCACGGUGCUGGGGAACCUGCUCAUCAUCCUGUUCAUCAGGCUGGACUCUCACUUCCACACCCGCAUGUACUUCUUCCUCAGGCACUUGGCCUUUACUGCUGUCUCUUUCUCCUCUGCCACUGUCCCCAAAAUGUUGAUGGACAUGCAUACUAAUCAAGUGUCCAUCCCCUUCACAGGGUGCAUUUGCCAAAUGUAUUUUUUCAUAUUGUUUGGUUAUCUUGACCAUUUCCUUCUUGGAGUGAUGGCAUAUGACAGGUAUGUGGCCAUUCAUCACCCACUGUACCAAACCACCAUUGUGAGGCAGGAGCUGUGUGUCUCACUUGUAGUUGUGUCCUGGUUCUUCUGCUGUGCACCUGCCCUGUUGCACAUUCUUCUCUUGGUCCAACUUAUGAGGUCUGAAAACCAAAGCACCAUAUCUGAGUUCCUCCUCCUGGGGCUCCCCAUCUCUCCAGAGCAGCGGGGCUUGUUCUUCUCUUUGUUCCUGGGCGUGUACCUCACCACAGUGCUGGGGAACCUGCUCAUCAUCCUGCUCACCAGGCUGGACUCUCGCCUCCACAUCCCCAUGUACUUCUUCCUCAGCCACUUGGCCUUCUCUGACAUUUCCCUUUCAUCUGUCACGGUUCCAAAGAUGCUCAUGAACAUGCAGACUCAGAAACAAUCCAUCACCUAUGUGGGGUGCAUUUCUCAGAUGUAUUUUUUCUUAGUUUUUGCUUCUCUUGACAAUUUCCUUCUUGGAGCGAUGGCAUAUGACAGGUAUGUGGCCAUCUGUCAGCCACUCCACUACACAACUGUUAUGAGACAGGAGCUGUGUUUCUCAUUAGUAGCUGGGUCCUGGUUCCUCAGUUGUGCACAUGCUCUGUUGCACACUGUCCUCUUUGUCCAACUGUCCUUCUGUGCUGACAAUACCAUCCCCCACUUCUUCUGCGACCUCACUGCACGCCUGAAGAUGAGCUGCUCAGACAUCUCCCCCAAUGAGCUGGUCAUCUUCACCGAAGGAGGAAUGUUUUUCUUCUUUACUUUGAGUAGCAUCAUCGGGUCAUAUAUCCAGAUAGGGACCAGUGUCCUGAGGGUCCCGUCCACCAAGAGACUUUCUAAAGCAUUUUCUACCUGUGGUUCCCAUCUCCUUGUGGUGUCUUUUUACUAUGGGACACUUGCAGUUGUUUACUUUUCCUCGUCACCAUGAGACUCCAAUGACAGAAACAUAAUUGCUUCGGUCACAUAUGCGGUAGUUACCCCAAUGCUGAACCCCUUCAUUUAUAGCCUGAGGAACAGAGAUAUAAAACAGGCUCUAGAAAUAUUUGUCAAUAGGGCUAACUUCUUUAAGUGA